AUGGAUAUUAGCACCCUAAGAGAAAAGCGCAUAUGCAUAGACGAUUCGAGUAGGGCGCACGAAGAAAAGUAUACGACAUUUUUUCUGCUAAACCCAGAUGGUAUUCUGGACUCAGUCGCGGGGCUAGAGAACUUGUCAUUUUCCUUUGAGAGCAUUUCCUACAAAAACGCUAGAUGCUAUAAAUGCCUAUCCGUUUUUUCCUGCGAGAGCAGUGCUGUGUAUAGAGCCUGCCCCAAGUGCCAUGUUGUAAACGCACUAGUGCCCCACGACAGCAUAGGAAGAAAAGUGAUUAUCCUCGUUUGCUACCAGUGCAAUAGGAGGAACCUCACAAACAUUGACUGUCCAUACGUGCAAUGCUUUUGGUGCAGCCGUAUGAACCUUUCGCAGUACUAUAGUGAGCAUCUCUCCCCUAGUCAGAGCGCCCAUCCGAGCCCGCAGCGAAGGCAAAGCAGGAACCACCGCGGCCCCCUCGCGAACAUGUUCAAAUGCUUAAGACUGACAAAAAAUAGGAGAAACGCGAGCCCCUCCUCGGGGAGCAGCGCUAAAGAAAGUUGCGAAGAAAGUUGCGAAGAAAAUCCCAGUGGAGAGGCAGCACAGGGUGAAGUCGAAAAUGGGUCCAUCCAAAACCAGGCCAGCUUCGAAGACGACAGGGAGGGUGAGAGGGAGGAUGAUAGAGAGGAAGAUCCGAACGGACAAAGAGCGAACAACAAACUGUUUUGUGAAGAGGAAACACACGGAUACGCACCGGAGGUAAAAUACCCAAAUGAAGACUACCGAAGGAACUACUCCAAAUCGAAUAACAGUGUGUAUAGUACGAGUGCUAAUUGUGUGCCCUACUCGAAUGAUAAAUUUCAAAACGAUUACAUGAGGAAUUCGACCAACAACUAUGGCCAAAUGGGGUACCUGAAAAAGGGGAGCAACGACAACGGCAGCGCGCACAUGGCCGGCGGCAGGAACUACAGCCACAAUGGGAGCGGCGGUCACGGGAUGGGUGGUGGUUACAGCAUUGGCGGCAGCCACAACAUGAGCGGCAGGGUUGGCAACCCCAGCGGCGGGUACUCUCGAGAGCACAACAGCUUUUACAACGGGAAAUACGAGAAGAGCUACCCAUCGAGCUAUUCCCACACGAACACACAGGCAAGCUCCUGGAACAAAGACAGCAGCAAAGUGCACGGAAGCAACAAUCAGGAAAUGCAAAGAACGGAAAAGUACAACGACAAAUUGGGAGCAAUUGUCGAAAGUGGAAAUGUUAAAAGAAAAACAAUCAUGUUUAAUAACAUAAAUGAUUCGAACGCAAAAAAAAUGAAUAAAACUAUAAGCUUUCUAGAAAUGGAAAAAAAAAGAGAUAGCGAUGUCAGGGCAUGUAUAGAAUAUUUUAAUUCCCUACGUAAAGGCAAAAAUGAUGAUAUUAAAAUGAUCCUUGAAAAUCGGAACUUUAAAGAAUUGAAUAUUCCCAAGGAGCAUCUCGAAAAUGGAGACUUUUACAAAUAUGUAGAGUACUACAAAAAACAUAACUUGAAAGAUUUAAUAGACCAAUUUAACGAAUCCGCUGCGAAUGACAGGAAUAAGGGAAAAGGAAAAGAUUCUGAUGUGAAGGGGAAAGGCUCUUCUUCCUCCGUUUCGAAUGUCACAAGUAAAGAUAAAGCUAAAGAGAGUGGUAGCAGUAUUGGGAAUGAUAAAGGGAAGAACGCUGCGGGGGAUCCCUCGGGGAAUGGAAAAAAUGUAGCUAGCAAUAGCACAGACGGGAAGACGAAAAAGAAUAAACGCCCGGAAAAUGACUCACGGGAUGAUCCCUCUGAUGGGGAUGCGAACGCAUACCACAAGAAGAAAAAGUCCAAGUGCGAUGAGAAUGUGAAGCCCACUUUUUACACCAUAAACGAUUUGUUCGACUAA